GCAUCGCACGCGCUCGGGUCCGCGGUGUUCGCGCGCCCGCUCGCGACGGCGACGCGCGCGAUGCGCACGCGCGGGUCCGCGGCGCGGCGCGGCCCUCGCGCGGCGAUCGGUGCAGCGGACGUCGAGCGCGAAGACGCUCGCGGGAACGGAGGCGUCGUGCGCAUCGAUUGGACGGACCGCCGGGGCGGCGUCGCGGGGUUGCUCGCGGGAGCUCUCGCCCUGACCCUGGCCCCAGCCGCCCCCGCGCUCGCGGCGGGCAAACAGCCCAUCGACUGGCUCCUCGAGGAGACCGUCAGCGGCGCCUCGUCCCUCGGGGGCAUCGUCAAGGAAUCCCUCGCCGAGUCCGGCGUCGCCACGAAGGAGGCACCCGCGCCCUCGGCGGACGACGAGGACGAGGGAGCUUCGGGCGGCGGCAUCGACGUCGGGUCCACGGCGGUCAAGUUCGGCAAGCUCGGCGUCAUCCUCGUCUUCGCCGACGUCGUCACGUUCGCCGUCAUGGGAAGGAGCGUCCUGGGGAUCAUGGACGACGGCGGCGAGGAGGGAUGGAAGGCCAAGGUGGCGGACCAGAUCAUGGAGCGCGUCAAGGAGAAGGAAGCCGCGGCGGCGGCGGAGCAAAAACCCGAGGAGGGCGGCGAUGGCGAGCGGUGAACGCGUCGUGCCAUCAUAUCCCAUGUUCGAAUGAUUCCCAUCAAUCCUUG